GGAUGGUAGUGGAGGGAGGUGAACGCGCGAGUGGGAGUGGGAGAAGGAAAGAGGAGGAGGCAUCGUUCGCGAGAACGGAGUAGUCGGUGCGCGGAGCGCAGGCGUGCGCCUCCUCGCGGCUCGAAUCCCGCCGUAUUCCAAAGAGGAACACGCCACUCCGCCCCCGGCACGGCAGCCACGCGUCACUCUCACCCGACUGACCUCCUGUCCCUAACUUGCUCCUUCGAUUCCUCGCGACGUGUGCCCUGUGCCGUGAGUCAGUCGGCGAGCUAACCGACGUGCACGUCGACCUCGAGCUAGGACAGGAAUCUCUCUCUCUCUCUCUCUCCCUCCCUUCCUCCCUCUUCCUCUUUCAAGCGCGCGCGCGGACGCGCGCGCGCUCGACGAGUCCUCCUCGUGAGUGUUUCAUCUCUCGAGACUCGACUCGAGAUGCCGGCUACGACCAAAUCGAAGAAGAAGAAGAAAACGGGAAAACUCGAGUCGCACGAUCUGAAGGGACAGCUUCGCAUCUACUUGGAUCGUCGUUCGCGAGGAAAGAUCAACGAUUGAAUUGUUUCGAACUCGGUUAGGGACGCCCUACCGAUCUGCCAUUGCUUUCUAUGAUUUGGAAGGUCGUCUUGAAGGGAGGAGACAUGAGGAUGGAGAAUAGAACGGUGGAACGUUGGAAAAAGAAGACCAAUGAGCUCCGACUCACCAAUUUGGACUCGCUAUGAGCAAAAUCCUCUACAAGAGUUUCAACCGAGAGUCCUAGAAGCAACGCGAUAAUGAGAUAGAAAGGAAUUGUGUGACUCAAUAGACUCUUCGUUCGCGCUUGACGGGCCAUCCGUCUUCGUUCUCUCUUACUUUGUUUUCUUUUUUUCUUUCUUUCAUCUCCCAGAGGACGAGAGAGAGAGAGAGGGAGAGAGAGAGAGAGAGAGAGAGAGAGAGAGAGAGAGAGAGAAAGAGAGAGAGAGAAACAAACGAUCGACCGAGCAGUGGAGAAUCGUAAACAGUGCGUGUUUCAAAGAAUUUAUAUGGUUUGCCGUGUUGGGUGAUCGACUUUUGUCGAGUAUCAAGGUUAUUUAUAUUUUUGUUUCUUUUAUCUUUCGUAUUAAUCGCAGAUAGAACGGCUAGUGCUACGCGUUAGAGAAGCGUAUUAAGCGGUAGAUUAAAGCUGACGUUCGAACGGCAGUACGGCGUGAAUCGUCUAUCGGCCACGUGCCAAGAUAGAAAAGUCGUAGACUUCGCCUCGCGACCGGCACUUUUCUCUCUCUUUCUCUUACUCUCAAUCAUUUCUUCUCUAUCUCUUUUCGAUGCGAUUAAUGUAACGAUCGAAAACAAGGGCCUUCCGUUGUUACGCGUACAUCGACGAGACACGUUGUUGUUCUCUUAUUCUAACGAAGAAAAUAUUUAACAAAUUUAGUUAAUAAACGUUGUUGAGGUUAGUGAAAUCAAAUUUAUCUCUAGUAAUCUUGCAAAUUUACGAAGAAAGAAGAAACGGACCACUAGCUUUUUCGACUAUUUAAUGUUGGAUAUUCGACGCACGUUACUAGUCAAGGAUCGUAUUCCAUUGUUAUCGUAUUCAUCUUGGUAUAUGCGAGAAAGAAGAGUUUUAUCGAGUGCCUGAUAAAAAGAACUCGUGAUGAGUAGUAAAUAAAAGAGAUAGAACGUUCGUCGAAGUAAAGUAUAGAAGAAACGACGGUAAGAUAAAAACGGUAAAGUGGCCGCGAACGUAUCGAUCUUAAACAAGUGCAACAUGUCCCGAAAUAUCGCGAUAAGUACAGCGACAAGUACGACGAGAAUGUAAGGAUCUGCGCGCGUCGAGUGGCAUCGUGAAAUACGCGAUUAAACAUAGCCAACUACGUUUCCUCUCUAAUCGGAGAUUCGUUUCGUCCUUGUUUUCAAUGAUGCGCGUCUGCGAAAGAGACAACUGAUAAAACUCGAUCGACCGAUCGAGAGGCGAGAGAGAGAGAGAGAGGGGGGGGGGAGGAAGGGAGUUUGGACGUCGAUCGAAUGGAUCGGACGUGCCGGCUUCGGAGGAUCACGAAGUCGGGUAUCUAAUCCAAAUGGGCGAACCGAAACCCGCUUCGUCUCCGCAGCCCAACGGCGGAGUAAAGCAAAAGCCGACGAGCCUCAAUCUAGCGCCCGGUCCAACUUUCUAUCGGAACGUUAAUGGACGAGCAAGCCUGAAUGAUCGUCAUCUACAGCACGUUACCGCUAUCAUCGGCGGUGGACACACGGCACGCGUUGGGAAACCCGUCUCACCGAGUCCCAUUCUCGUUAAUAACGAGCCCGGUGUUGGGGAUACGUCAUCGAGUACCAAUCAGCAAUUAUCAACGAGUCUACACUCGACAGGAGUAUUGCUCCCAGCUUGGACUCUCUCUGCGGAACUUGAAAAUUUCUUGGAGCCCCCGCCCCCACCUGCUCCAUCACACCCUGCGAUACCGACCAGAACGAAUUCACUCGGUGAGCAACAGUCGCAACAACAGCAUCAUCAUCAACAACAACAACAACAACAACAACAGCAGCAGCAGCAGCAACAACAACAACAACAACAGCAACACAACAAUCUACAAUCAUCCGCAAUCAGUCAGCUGUCCCGUAGCCCGAGUCACAAUGGUCACGGAUUCCCCCUCUACACUCCACCAGCUCCAAUACCAGCAUCCGGGGCAAAUAAAAUUCGCUCUACUCCCAACGGAUUACCACAGGCAACAGCACCGAGACGUCCUCAUAGUAUUGCCGCUCCACCAUACCAUCACGGAGUCGCCUCUCUCCACCAGUCAUACGGUCAGCUCCCUUCUAGAACAACAUCGUCGACAUUAUCAUCAUCAUCAUCAUCAUCAUCAUCAUCAUCAUCAUCAACGUCAUCAUCAACAGCAGCAACAGCAGGAACAACAGCAACCGCAACAGCAACAGAUACAUCUUGGGCAACGAUCGGUUCAACAAACCCAUCAUCAACAAACGGUCUAUCCGGGAUGGUACAACGGCGUGCCCAUUCGGUCGCCGGUACUCCAGUAUCUUUAUCCACCGGUUGCAACGACGACAAUGACGGUGGCAGCCUCACAGCUCAGCAGGACUCAAGAAGCAACGGGUCAACAACGCUCGUUAAUAAGAACGGCAUCGCCGUGGUAUCCUCGAGUCGCAGCGCUAUACCACCCCAAUCUUUGUGGAACGGUCAACUUCAACAGCCCGUACCAAGGCGGCCACACAGCAUCGCCUCCACACCCGUUACAGGUUCAACAGGCACGCCUGUUUCAUCUUCAGCAAUUACACCAGCCGGCUUGUCCUCAUCCACUCGUAUACCAGGCGAGCUCAUACAAUGGGGUUCCUCAGGGAUGGUGUUGCAUCAACCCAUACCUCGCAGGGCGUAUCCCUCGACCCUUCCACAUCCACAACCACCAACGCCCACGACACAAGGGCCCGGCUUGAGCGUUCUCACCAAUCCUGGAAAUUCAAACACUUGGACACCUGGUGCUGGACUUCGCGCCAGACCCCAUAGUAUAGCUUCCACUCCACAGGGUGCACCGAUUCCACCUGCCUCACCCUCCGAUUCCGGCUAUAGAUC